AUAGUGUGAAAAAUCCAUUAUUUAUACUAUCACAAAAUACACUUAGCAUUUUUUUUUUUUUAGAUAUUCAAUUCUAAUUACAAAAAUAGGAAAGCUAGCGCCAUGCAAACAACCUAAUAGUCAAAUCAUGUUAAGAAGAUAAAAAGUUUAAUGCUACCAUAAGAAAAUGUGAAAAGAGUCUUAUGUUUUAGACAAGUUGUGCAUGCAUCGCAGUUUUUAUACCUAAAUGAGAUUUGAGCGCCAAUAGUUUAAUUUUGCCCUAUUAAGCUUUGUUGGUAACAAAUGUUAUAUUUGUGCUUAAAAUCUGCAAUGUGUUACUAUUACUUUUGCAAAAUUUAUUAUCUUUGAAAAUUCGACUAUGAGCUUUCAACUUACCAUAGCGAGGAUCUUUUUUAUAAUAAAUUACUUGGUGUUUAUUUCUGGUAAUAGUUAUUUACACAUCUUCACCUCAUUAAUAAAUAUAAAAUUUGAAUGUCCUUUACUCCCUACUUCUUGCAAGUCAUCCAUUUCAAAUAGAUGUCAAGCAUUUCAUUUUAUAGUUAAAUAACUAUAAAAAGUUGGGAAUAGUUGAAAGUGAAUAAUUCUAAUUCCCAUUUCAAAAGUUUGUAAAAAUACUCAAUAUUAUUGUUAUUAAAAACAAAA